AUGAGCCUGAGAGCGGCUCUAUUGAUUUGGAUGGGAAUGUGCUUACGCCGACAUCGAUAUCUCCGCACACGGGACAGACUCCUGUUAGCCACAACCCCCAACCCCACAGAGCUGCUGAUACAGGGAAACCCAACCAAACCUGGUCCGACCAGAAGAAAUGGUCCUUUUCAAGGACCUUUUCAGUCCUCCAGUCUCUGUCCUCCCAGUCUCUGUCUUCCCAGUCUCUGUCCUCCCAGUCUCUGUCCUCCCAGUCUCUGUCCUCCAGUCUCUGUCUUCCCAGUCUCUGUCCUCCCAGUCUCUGUCCUCCAGUCUCUGUCCUCCAGUCUCUGUCCUCCCAGUCUCUGUCUUCCCAGUCUCUGUCCUCCAGUCUCUGUCCUCCAGUCUCUGUCCUCCAGUCUCUGUCCUCCCAGUCUCUGUCCUCCCAGUCUCUGUCCUCCCAUCUCUGUCCUCCAGUCUCUGUCCUCCAGUCUCUGUCCUCCAGUCUCUGUCCUCCCAGUCUCUGUCCUCCCAGUCUCUGUCCUCCCAGUCUCUGUCCUCCAGUCUCUGUCUUCCCAGUCUCUGUCCUCCAGUCUCUGUCCUCCAGUCUCUGUCCUCCAGUCUCUGUCCUCCAGUCUCUGUCUUCCCAGUCUCUGUCCUCCCAGUCUCUGUCCUCCAGUCUCUGUCCUCCAGUCUCUGUCCUCCCAGUCUCUGUCCUCCAGUCUCUGUCCUCCCAGUCUCUGUCCUCCCAGUCUCUGUCCUCCAGUCUCUGUCCUCCCAGUCACUGUCCUCCAGUCUCUGUCUUCCCAGUCUCUGUCCUCCCAGUCUCUGUCCUCCCAGUCUCUGUCCUCCAGUCUCUGUCCUCCCAGUCUCUGUCCUCCCAGUCUUUGUCCUCCCAGUCUCUGUCCUCCAGUCUCUGUCCUCCCAGUCUCUGUCUUCCCAGUCUCUGUCCUCCCAGUCUCUGUCCUCCAGUCUCUGUCCUCCCAGUCUCUGUCUUCCCAGUCUCUGUCCUCCCAGUCUCUGUCUUCCCAGUCUCUGUCCUCCCAGUCUCUGUCCUCCCAGUCUCUGUCCUCCCAGUCUCUGUCCUCCAGUCUCUGUCCUCCCAGUCUCUGUCCUCCCAGUCUCUGUCCUCCAGUCUCUGUUCUCCCAGUCUCUGUCUUCCCAGUCUCUGUCCUCCCAGUCUGUCCUCCAGUCUCUGUCCUCCCAGUCUCUGUCCUCCCAGUCUCUGUCCUCCAGUCUCUGUCCUCCCAGUCUCUGUCUUCCCAGUCUCUGUCCUCCCAGUCUCUGUUCUCCCAGUCUCUGUCCUCCCAGUCUCUGUUCUCCCAGUCUCUGUCUUCCCAGUCUCUGUCCUCCCAGUCUCUGUCCUCCCAGUCUCUGUCCUCCAGUCUCUGUCCUCCAGUCUCUGUUCUCCAAGUCUCUGUCCUCCAGUCUCUGUCCUCCAGUCUCUGUUCUCCCAGUCUCUGUCUUCCCAGUCUCUGUCCUCCAGUCUCUGUCCUCCCAGUCUCUGUCUUCCCAGUCUCUGUCCUCCAGUCUCUGUCCUCCCAGUCUCUGUCCUCCCAGUCUCUGUCCUCCCAGUCUCUGUCCUCCCAGUCUCUGUCUUCCCAGUCUCUGUCCUCCAGUCUCUGUCCUCCCAGUCUCUGUCCUCCCAGUCUGUCCUCCCAGUCUCUGUCCUCCCAGUCUCUGUCUUCCCAGUCUCUGUCCUCCCAGUCUCUGUCCUCCCAGUCUCUGUCCUCCCAGUCUCUGUCCUCCCAGUCUCUGUCUUCCCAGUCUCUGUCCUCCAGUCUCUGUCCUCCAGUCUCUGUCCUCCAGUCUCUGUCCUCCCAGUCUCUGUCUUCCCAGUCUCUGUCCUCCCAGUCUGUCCUCCAGUCUCUGUCCUCCCAGUCUCUGUCCUCCCAGUCUCUGUCCUCCAGUCUCUGUCCUCCCAGUCUCUGUCUUCCCAGUCUCUGUCCUCCCAGUCUCUGUUCUCCCAGUCUCUGUCCUCCCAGUCUCUGUUCUCCCAGUCUCUGUCUUCCCAGUCUCUGUCCUCCCAGUCUCUGUCCUCCAGUCUCUGUCCUCCAGUCUCUGUCCUCCAGUCUCUGUCCUCCAGUCUCUGUUCUCCCAGUCUCUGUCUUCCCAGUCUCUGUCCUCCAGUCUCUGUCCUCCCAGUCUCUGUCUUCCCAGUUCACACAUAUCAAAGCACUAACAGUUUGUAAAUGGACCACUCCUGCUGAGCAGAGGGCUCUGAUGAGGUUGUCUCAUGUUGAAUCCAACUCAAAUCAGUGA